GUCCUACACCUAACACAGCACCUACAUUUGCAAUUCGAUCAGUCACUUGUUGUGCCUCUGGCUCCGGCUCAAGUUCGAGUCCUUGCCGAAACGACGACGACAAUAGAAGCAGUGCUGAUCAAAGCGCUGAGGAAAUGCCGCCGUGGAAGAAUGGCGAAAGAACUGAAAACACAGUAUGUUCAAGCCUAA